GGGUGACAGUGAGACCAGUGCAGCUGGGGAUGUAGCCUAUUGCACCGCUGGUCCAGCGCUAAACUGAAACAGUGAUCCUCCUACCUUUGGCAAGGCGCUUAAGGGUACGCGAAAGAAUAAAGAAAAUAUCAUAUAUCUCUCACUGAAUGAGAGAUCCUUUCAAGUGGAAUUCUGUGGCUGAACCAAAUUGGUUUGGAGGCGCAUACCAAACAGAUGAACAGCCUUUUCUUUCAAUGAGAGCAGAAGUAAAAAAACGCAGCAAUGACAUUCGAUUGGCAAAAGCGGCAGCCGUGCGCAGCUACAGGGAGCACAGAAUAACUAUUGUGGGGAUUGGUGAUUGAAAACACAACUGUUAGCGAGCAACCAGGCAAAGAGACAGAUGUAAUUUUCAUAUGGUACGGAUGGUUCAGUACCACGGGGCGCUGCAUGGAUUGUUUCUGCUACCAGUCGUUCAACAUCAGCCACACUCACCAGCGAUUCCAAAUUACUUAGGAAUUCUGGACGGCUGUCUGAGAAAGAUAUCGCGGCAGAACUAGGCGAGAGUGCCAUGUGUUUAGGAGCGGCAUAGAAGAGCUUUGUGGUCUGUUUUCCACCGGGGACAGGUGGUGUUGUGUGUGUUGGGGGGUAGUUGGGAUACAGACACACAACCCGCGAGACAGUUGUCUUAAGGAUGUCACGCCGGCGUAUGGGAACAGUUCUGGACAGAGACAGGUGCGACUGAAAGGAGUAGUUUACUAACGGCUUUAGUAUCACAGUUGAAGAGAACCGCAAACACCUUUCCUCAACCAGUCUGGAUUUUAGUCCAGGAGAAGCAGGACUGUAAGGAGUCGUGAAUUCAAAGACCCAGAACCCGGCGCACCAUUUACGCGACAGUUACUGAUCUCUCCGCUGUCCUGCGGCCAUGUCGACUCUGGCCCCGCCUGUGUUGCUGCCGCUGCUCCUGUGUUGGUUCCUGCGCCUGGCUAGCGCCGCGUUCCCAGAGGAGCCGGGACCCUUGAACUCCAUCCCCUCCGAAGUAGCGCGACGGCAUCCUGUUUUUUUGGGUCGAGCUCAUCGUUCUUCGCUGAGACAGGAGCCACUGCAUAUUCAGAGGAUCCUGAAGGUCAACCGGACGCUCUACAUCGGAGCCAGGGAUGACCUGUUCCGUGUGGAGCUGGACAACGUGAUGGGAGACGAGAUGUUCUACAGCAAGAAAAGAACCUGGGAGUCCAAUAAAAAUGACAUCCGAGUGUGCAGGAUGAAGGGCAAGCAUGAGGACGAGUGCCGAAAUUUCAUCAAAGUGCUCCUGAGCCGACAGGACGGGCUGUUUGUGUGUGGGACCAACGCCUUCAACCCGCUGUGCGCCAACUACACUGGCGAUACCCUGGAGAUGUUGGGCGACCCCGUCAGCGGCAUGGCCCGGUGCCCGUACGACCCCAAACAUGCCAACGUGGCCCUCUUCGCAGAGGGGAAUCUGUUCACCGCCACCGUCACUGACUUCCUGGCCAUCGACGCAGUGAUUUACCGCAGCCUGGGGGAGAGCCUGGCUCUGCGCACCGUCAAACACGACUCCAAGUGGUUUCGAGAGCCAUACUUCAUCAGCGCUGUGGAAUGGGGCCCUCACAUCUAUUUCUUCUUCCGAGAAAUCGCCAUGGAGUUCAACUACCUGGAGAAGGUGAUGGUGUCCCGCGUGGCGCGUGUGUGUAAGAGGGACCUGGGGGGCUCUCAGCGCGUGCUGGAGAAGCAGUGGACGUCGUUCGUGAAGGCGCGGCUCAACUGCUCUGUACCGGGAGACUCACACUUCUACUUCAACAUGCUGCACUCCACCAGCCCCAUCAUCAGGAUGCACGACCGGGACAUUAUUCUGGGAGUCUUCUCUACCCCCUCAAACAGUAUCCCAGGCUCAGCAGUGUGUGCCUUUGACAUGGAGCAGCUAGCUGGUGUGUUCGAAGGCAGGUUUAAAGAGCAGAAGUCCCCUGAAUCCAUCUGGACCCCCUUUCCCGACGAGCUCCUACCCAGACCCAGGCCUGGAGGUUGCGCUGGCCCCGGCAACAAGUACAACUCCUCCAACGCCUUCCCGGACGAGAUGCUGACCUUUGUGAAGACCCACCCCCUGAUGGACGAGGCCGUGCCCUCAUUAGGUCAGAGGCCCUGGAUAGUGAGGACCAUGGUCAGGUACCAGCUCAAUAAGAUGGUGGUGGACACAGAGGCCGGGCCCUUCAGGAACCGCACGGUUCUCUUCCUGGGUUCCAGCCGAGGAACCAUCCUUAAGUUCCUCAUCUUGCCAAACUCUGAUAACACGGUGUCCACCGGAAACAUUCUCCUGGAGGAACUGGAGGGCUUCAACGCAGACAAGUGUGGAGACGACUCUCCACAGGCGCGGCAGCUGCUGUCGGUGAUCCUGGACCGCCCGAGUCACACCCUGCUGCUGGCCUUCCCAUCCUGCGUGGUCCGGGUGCCUGUGGCCCGCUGUCAGCUCUACUCGCGCUGCAUGAAGAACUGCGUGGCCUCACGAGACCCCUACUGCGGCUGGACCCGAGGCAGCACAUGCUCCUUCCUGCGGCCCGGAACAAGGAUACCGUUUGAGCAAGACGUGGAACAGGGGAACACAUCCCACCUGGGGGACUGUGACGGUCUUCUUCAGGAGAGCUUUAUAGACGAGCCUGACGGCCUGGUGUCCCUGAACCUGCUGGUGGUGGCUGCAGUUUCGGCCUUCUCCACCGGGGCGGUGCUGUCGGGCCUGAUGGUGUGCUGGAUCAUGAGCCACAAACACCGCCAGUGCCAGCGCCAACCCGGCUCGGGCCGCCAGCGUGGCAAAGGGGACAAGGAGCAGAGCAUGCUGGGCCAGGGCCGCAGCGGCUCGGUGAUGAGCGUGACGCGCGGCGGCGAGAGACCGCGGUCGCAGCUGGAGAAUCCGUUUGCCGUCCACAACGGGCUCCCCACGCCUGAGCAGACCCCGCAGCAGCAGAAGAGGCCCUCCCCCAACAUGCACCUGCCCGACCUGGACUGGGAGCCGGGCCAGCCCGUGCUGACCUCUGUGGGCACCCCCUGCCCCCCCGGCAGCACGGCCGUCAUCUUCCAGAGACACAAGUACCCGCAGGGAGUAGGGCGGCACCCGGAGGACGCGGGCGACAUGGUGGCACAGAGGCCCAGCGAGCGCGAGUGCUUCCUCAUCCUUAGCCACAGGGAGGCGCCAUCGAGCCGGCAGGCGGCCGUGACGCGCAACUCGGCGGGGGAGUACUACCCGACCACGCCUCAGGAGUCCCCAGACCGCCGGCGGGUGGUGUCGGCCCCCAACACGCAGGUGGAGUACGGGGAACCCCCGCGCUGGACCCACGACGGGCUCAACUUUAACAGCAACAACGCUGCCCCUGCAGGCCACCGGCUGCACUACGCCCUCCAACAGACGCAACAACAGCAGCAGCAGCAGCAAAUGACGCAGUUGCAGCGCCCCUCCUCUGCCAUCAUGAGAGGGCCCCUCCACCACCACCCCCCGCGAGGGCUGGGUGAGCUGUCCGACUUCAGCCACCUGCUGGGGGGCAAGGGCGUGGGGGAGCGUACCCCUAACGGCCAGUGAAGACAUUAAGGCAGGGCCUGGUCUCUGACACUGCCGAGAAAGAGCCCAUCUCCCCCCUCCCUACACACACACACACUCGCUCUGAAUCUCACCUAAGCCCACACCCCCCCCAAAUCUAGCCACCUAGGUCCC